GAGGCGAGCGCGAGGCGAGCGCGAGGCCGCCUUUCCAGCUUGCAUGUCUCCGGCGCGCGCGUUGCAGCUCCCGUCUCUUAGGUCGCGGCCCCGCGCUCGAGGCACGUCUCACUGGAUACCUUGGACCCCUCCAGAGAGACCAGUGUUGUAGUGCCAGGGCGGCCCUGCAAGGCCCAUCAGCUGACCGAACAGCUCUGGGAGACCCCGACGAGCAGGUCUCGGGCCUCAGAGAAGCGCAGGGACGCAGAAAGGUUCGGAAAAAAGGACCCCUGACUACUCCCAGUUCACUCAGACCUUGCCGACACCUCCGGCUCGGCGCCACAGCUCCUCCGCCCCCCGCGCGCCUGAGGCGUCUAGGAAGGCGCGGAAAAGCGGAUCUGUCUGGAGUCGGGGUUCCAGAGCCGCACUGCGCGUGCGCCGCGGUGCCUGCUGCGGGGGGCGGCGGUCCCCGGCUUUGCGUGGCACGCGCCGCUGCGACUCCCGAUUGUCCUGCUCCGGAGGCGAGGGUGCUGGGCGUGGCUCCCCGAGGCUGCUCGGCGGGACCGAAAAGACCGCCGCUGUGCGCGCGGUGUGAAGGCUUUUCGGAGAGACCACCGCAGGCCCGUCCGCACCGUCCGGAGCCCCCGCGGGGAACCGAACCUGCGCGUGGGGCCGAGCCGCGGGACGGCGAGGCCGCGAAGCGGAAGGUGCAAUGGCAAGGAAUUUAUCUGUAAUCUUGAUCCUGACCUUUGCCCUGUUGGUCACAAAUCCCCUUCAUGAACUAGAAUCAGCUGCUGCUUUCUCUCAGACCACUGAGAAAAUUAAUGCGAAUUGGGAAUCUGGCAUUAAUGUUGACACAGCAGUGACCACACGGCAACAUCAUCUACAGCAGCUUUUCUACCGUUAUGGAGAGAACAAUUCCUUGUCAAUUGAAGGGUUCAGAAAAUUGCUUCAGAAUAUAGGCAUAGAAAAGAUUAAAAGGAGCCAUACCCACCAUGACCAUGAGCAUCACUCUGACCACGAUCGUCACACUCAUCAUAAUCGUGCUGCUUCUGGUAAAAAUAAUCGGAAAGCUCUUUGCCCAGACCAUGACUCUAAUGGUUCAGGUAAAGAUCGCAGAAACAGCCAGGGGAAAGGAUCUCACCGCCUGGAACAUACCAGUGGCAGAAAGAAUGGCAAGGAGGGUGUGAAUGCUGGCGAAGUGACUUCUACCAUGUAUAACACUGUCUCUGAAGGAACUCACUUUCUGGAGACAUUGGAGACUCCAAAACCUGGAAAACUCCCCAAAGAUAUAAGCAGUUCCACCCCACCCAGUAUCACAGAAAGGAGCCGGGUGGGACGGCUGGUUGGUAGGAAAACCAAUGAGUCUGUGAGUGAGCCCAGAAAGGGCUUCAUGUAUUCCAGAUACAUAAAUGACAAUACCCAGGAGUGUUUCAAUGCAUCAAGGCUGCUUAUGUCUCAUGGCAUGGGCAUCCAGGUUCCACUGAAUGCAACGGACUUCAGCUAUCUCUGCCCAGCCAUCAUCAAUCAAAUUGAUGCUAGAUCUUGUCUGGUUCAUACAACGAGUGAGAAGAAGGCUGAAAUCCCACCAAAGACCUAUUCUUUACAAAUAGCCUGGGUUGGUGGCUUUAUAGCCAUUUCCAUCAUCAGUUUCCUGUCCUUGCUGGGGGUUAUUCUUGUGCCUCUCAUGAAUCGGGUAUUUUUCAAAUUUCUGCUAAGUUUCCUUGUGGCAUUGGCUGUUGGGACUUUGAGUGGUGAUGCUUUAUUACACCUUCUUCCACAUUCUCAUGCAAAUCACCACCACAGUCAUAGCCAUGAAGAGCCAUCAAUGGAAAUGAAAAGAGGCCCACUUUUCAGCCAUCUGUCUUCUCAAAACAUAGAAGAAAGUUCCUAUUUUGAUUCCACAUGGAAAGGUCUGACAGCUCUAGGAGGCUUGUAUUUCAUGUUUCUUGUUGAACACGUCCUUACAUUGAUCAAGCAAUUUAAAGACAAGAAGAAAAAGAACCAAAAAAAGCCUGAAAACGAUGAUGACAUGGAGAUUAAGAAGCAGUUGUCCAAGUAUGAAUCUCAACUUUCAACAAAUGAGGAGAAAGUAGAUGCAGAUGACCGAACUGAAGGCUAUUUACCAGCAGACUCCCAAGAGCCCUCCCACUUUGAUUCUCAGCAGCCAGCAAUCUUGGAAGAAGAAGAGGUCAUGAUAGCUCAUGCUCAUCCACAGGAAGUCUACAAUGAAUAUGUACCCAGAGGGUGCAAGAACAAAUGCCAUUCACAUUUCCAUGAUACUCUGGGCCAAUCAGAUGACCUCAUUCACCACCAUCAUGACUACCAUCAUAUUCUCCAUCACCACCACCACCAAAACCACCACCCCCACAGUCACAGUCAGCGCUACUCUCGGGAGGAGCUGAAAGAUGCUGGCAUUGCCACUUUGGCUUGGAUGGUGAUCAUGGGCGAUGGCCUGCACAACUUCAGCGAUGGCCUAGCAAUUGGGGCUGCUUUCACUGAAGGCUUAUCAAGUGGGUUAAGUACUUCUGUCGCUGUGUUCUGUCACGAGUUGCCUCAUGAAUUAGGUGACUUUGCUGUCUUACUAAAGGCUGGCAUGACCGUUAAGCAGGCUGUGCUUUAUAAUGCAUUGUCAGCCAUGCUGGCGUAUCUUGGAAUGGCAACAGGAAUUUUCAUUGGGCAUUAUGCUGAAAAUGUUUCCAUGUGGAUAUUUGCACUUACUGCUGGUUUAUUCAUGUAUGUUGCUCUGGUUGAUAUGGUACCUGAGAUGUUACAUAAUGAUGCUAGUGACCAUGGAUGUAGCCGUUGGGGAUAUUUCUUUUUACAGAAUGCUGGGAUACUUCUGGGUUUUGGGAUUAUGUUACUUAUUUCCAUAUUUGAACAUAAAAUUGUGUUUCGUAUAAAUUUCUAACUAGGUUAUAAAUGCUAGAGUAGCUUUAAAGAAUUGCUGUCUAUAGUUUAAAUGGGUCAUAGGGAGAUGAAUUUGUAUGCUGUCAUAUACAGCAUUUAAAGUUAGUGGAUUUUGUGAUUUUUGUAUUGAAUAUUACCAUUUAUUAUGCUGAUAGGGUCAGUUAUGUUGGUAACAUAAAGGUACGUUUUAAUAUUUAAGUUAUUCUAUUUUGGAAAUAGAAGCUAUGUGUGCAAUCCACCAAUAUUCUCAGUUUAUUGUAUGAACAAGAUAUUUGACAUGACAUGUUCUGUAUAUUUCCGGAAAAUGUCUUUAAUACUUUGGUACACUAAGUUAAUACAGUAAUUGUCAUACUGGAUCUAGGCCUCUGAAGAAUUGUUGAUUUCAAGAACAUGCACAAAGCCUAAGUGUAAGCUAAUGAAUGAGAAGGGAAAAAAGAACCUGAGAGUGAAGAGGUGUAGAUUUCUUAUAAAAAUCACAAAAUUGGUGAUAAUAUAGAGGGGGAAAUAGAUACAACUUUUAAAAGGAAUAAGUAGUAUAGAGUACAUUCAUAAAUAAAGUAUUACUGUUCCUGUAAAGACAUAGCACUUUUCAUAUACGUACUAAUUUAGUUGUACAUUUGUUUGUAAAAUAGCAAAAUCUAAGUAUAUUUAAUGAGUUCAGGCAGUGUAUCACUUGGCCAAGAAAUUGGAAUUUGGAAGUAUUUGUGUAAAGAUAUGCAAGAUGAGUGUAGUAAGUUUUUGUGUCCCUGAAAGACUUUGUCAUCACCAAAUUAUAUAUCAGCAAAAUUUAUAUGAUUGGAUGUUCUGGUUUUCUCGUUUACCCAGUACCACAGUACUACAAUUUGGAUCUUUGUGAGGACACUUAAAACCCAUUCUGAGUAUAUUUGACUUCUUGGAUUCAGAAAGUACUUUGUACCUUAUGGUGCUUCAGUGUCGUCAUUGUGAGCAAUUGUCCUUUUAUAUAUGGUACUGUAGACAUACUAGAGCUUCUGUGACAUUGUCUAGAUGUUUCUUUCUUACCAAAUAAAUGCUUCAUGUCAGACAUCA